AUGCAAGCAACUGUCGAGAAGGAGCUAAAUCGCCUGGAACAGCUGAAGGUCAUCACGCCAGUUGAUUAUUCCGAGUGGGCCGCGCCAAUUGUCGUCGUUAGGAAGAGCAACGGUAGCAUCCGAAUAUGUGGGGACUAUCCGACGGGACUGAAUUCGGCUCUUCGGUUACACGACGACCCACUAGCGUUCCCAGACGAUAUCUUCUCCAAAUUGGCUCGAUCUAGAUUUUUCAGCAAAAUCGUCCUUUCCGACGCAUUCUUGCAGGAAAUCGACACCAAAUACCGCCCCCUGCUAACGAUUAACACCCAUUGCGGGCUGAAGGGCACAUCCGGUUACAUGGAUGACGUAAUAGUCGGAGGUAAAAUGGAACGCGAGCACGACGAGAAUCUGCUCAACCCAACCCAACCCUGCUAA